UUACUUGAAGAAGGAAGACUAAAUGGUACUGCAGCACAAGCAACGGUGCCUCGUGUCAUCAGGUUCCUCCCUUCCGUGUUUUCAGAGUUCUUCGCCAUCACUUGCCACCAAAAACUACCAUGACACCCUAAACCAGCCAACCAAAAAGAAGAAUCCUCCAAAAGUUCCUGGAGCGAUCUCCGUUCCCUUUGAUCAUUUUUGUUUUUUCUUCUAAGUACAACUCUCACAAAGUUCAUGGCUUUCCCCUUACCGUUCAUUGCCUCCAUCUUCAUCUGGGUUUUCGUAACCAUCCCACUUUCACAGUGCAUACCCUUCAUAGUACUUCAUGGCAUUGGAGAUCAGUGCUCUAAUCGAGGAGUUAAACAGUUCACCGAGCUAUUGGGCAACUUUUCUAGCACUAAAGGAUAUUGCAUUGAAGUUGGUGAUGGAACAUGGGAUUCUUGGUUUAUGCCUCUUGAGGAACAGGCUGGAAUUGUUUGCGAGAAGGUGAAGGAAAUGAAAGAACUGAGAAAGGGUUACAACAUAGUUGGUCUCUCCCAGGGUAAUUUAAUAGGUCGUGGCGUUUUACAAUUUUGCAAUGGAGGACCUCCUGUUAAGAAUUUUGUCUCUUUAGGAGGGCCUCAUGCUGGUACUGCUUCUGUUCCUCUGUGUGGUUCUGGUGUUUUAUGCAUUAUUGCGGACAAACUGAUCAAGUCAGAGAUCUAUUCCGAGUAUAUCCAAGAUCACUUAGCUCCCAGCGGUUAUCUCAAGUUACCAAAUGCUGUCUCCGACUAUUUAGAGAGAUGCAGAUUUCUUCCAAAGCUUAACAAUGAACUCCCCAUUGACAAAAACUCCACUUAUAAGGAACGGUUCACCAGCUUACAGAACUUGGUACUUAUUAUGUUUGAGCAUGACACUGUUUUGAUACCUAAGGAAACCUCCUGGUUUGGAUAUUACCCAGAUGGGGCCUUCAAUCCAGUUUUACCUCCACGGCAGACAAAGCUUUACGUUGAGGAUUGGAUUGGUUUGAAAACCUUAGAUGAAGCUGGAAGGGUCAAGUAUGUUAGCGUUCCGGGAAAUCAUCUUGGGAUCUCCGAAAGGGAUAUGAAAAAGUAUGUUGUGCCCUAUUUGGAGAAUAAACCAUCAAGAAAGAGCAGCAUUGAAAAGGAUAAUGGAGUUCAUCGUGGAGUUAUCCAAAGCAACGAAAGAGAGCAAAUUGUGUCUCAAAUUGAGGAGAAAGCAUCAACUAAUGUGAUACUCAAUGAUUUAUCAUCCUAUUGGUGGCCCUCUGCAACUACAAGUUUCAUCAGUGAACUUCUCGGGCUCAAAGAGCCAUUGCCUCAGACUUGAUAUGGAUUUCUUUGUGAAUUGAAUUAUAAAAUGAUUUUGGCGAGGAUCAUUCAAUGUUUACUUGUUUAGAACUUUUCUUUUUUUUUUGGGGGGCCUCACCAUCACUAGGUGAAGCUUAUCAACACCCUCGCCAUAGGAUAUAUGCUCUAUGAUUGUGGAAACAUGUGAUCAAUAUGCAAGGACAAAUCUGUUAUACAAUUAUGAAAUACAGCUUGAUGAUUGGCAUUCA